ACCACAAGUAUUUUACCAGUAAAUUCCCUGAAACAUGAGUUCAAAAAUUUCUUGCACUUUGUCGGCCCAGGAAAACGUUUUCGAUUUCAUGGACAAUCUCAUCAAAACUGUUCCGGAGAAAUCUACAGCGUCGCAACCUAGGAAGGUUGAAGAAGUUGUAGAAGUUGGAGAAGGACGAAAAAAGGGUGAUUCACCUGUAGAAGUCCUAGUUGAGUCGAAACAACCGCAGACCAAGCUGGGCAACCGACGGAUCCUGAAGAUGAAACAACAAUUGUCAAAGCAGAACAACUUCAUCGUUGACUUGAAGAAGAAAAUACGGGAGUUCGAAUCGUUGAAGCCCAAAUCCAUCUCGGACCAGGAACAGCUGGCAUUCCUGAGAAAUAGACUCGUCAAGGAGAAUGAUUGCUUGAAGAAACUCUUGCAAUGCAUCAUUGACGAGCAGAAGAAGGAUAAGGACCUCGCUUGGGAGAGGAUUCGCAUCUGUAGUGACCCUCUCGAUGAUAUAUGUCGCAAUCCUUGGAUUUUGGGGAAUGUUGCCCGGCCCGACCGGAUGACUUCGAUUGAUUCCACCCUAUCAUCGCUCAGUUCAACGGUAAUGGUGGGCGAAGUCCAGGAUGUGAGUCAAGGCGAUGUGCACAAAACGCUACAAAAGGAGCUGAUGAAUCGCGACCGCAUAAUAGAGAUUCUGCAGAGCCGGAUUGAAGGUCUCACUGCUGACGUGAUGAAGGUGCGAUGUGAUAAUGAAGCUAUCUUGGAAAGAAACCCUAGGCAGACUAAAUUUUGUGAAGCUGAUAUGUUGAGCAGGUUGCAGUUCUACAAGGACAACACGGAUGCUCUCGAACGAAAUCUCAAUCAAAUGGGGGCAGCUUUGAACGUUAUUCGAUCGGAACUGGGUCCGAAUUUGACAGGUGAAAUUCAAAAUCGUGCAGAUUGCACUCAGUAUGCGUCGCAAGCUAAGAGCUCUAGAGCUAGCGAAGGGAUGAGACGAUCGCUUGGAACCUCGAAGGGUGAGGAUGACCAGUACAACACCCUUCUGAAGGAAUAUACAAAAAAGUCCGAGGAAUGCAAAAAUCUUACCGAUCGACUAGCAAAAUCUUGCUCGUGUGAGAAUGAAACUCCAGAGAAGACGGAAUUACAGCUCUUGAAAAACAGAUGCUCGGAGCUGCUCGAUGAGCAGGAGGAGUUCAAAAUACUCAUCAAAGAACAGGCGGAGCAGUUGGAUGAGUACAGGAAUAAAUAUUUAGCGGCUCAGCAAACAGUUGAGGAACAAAAUCUUCGAAUGGAAAAGAUGAAUGUGACGAAUCGUCGGAUAGAAGAACAAAUAAAUAUGGAAAUACAGCGAAUAAAAACCAAAUUCCAAGAUAAAUUACGCCAAUUGACGCCGUUUCCACGACUUUUGGACGCCGAAGAACAAAAGGUCAGAGAUUUGCGAGGGUCCAACGAAAAGCUUCUAGAAGAGCUGAAAAGGGCAGCUAAGCAGAUAAAAUCACUGGAAAAUCGUUUACACAAUGCCCACACAGCUCAAAAUAUUGAACUGGAGAAAGCUAAUAAUCUGCUGAAAGUGGAGGUGGAACAGCUAACCGAAACGAUGCGCGAUGAAGAAUCCAAACGGGAGAAAUUGAAAGAACAGCUCACAGCCGGACAGAAGGAACUGGAAGAGGUGCGAACUGAAACGUCCAAGAUCAUUGGUAGGAUGAAUGAAAGAGCUCUGGAGGAUCGAAGGACAGCCCAAACACAGCGUCAGACAUUGGAGAUGGAGUUGGCACAAUGUCGUGCGGCGGCUGCUGUAACCAUAAGCAACCGCGAUGAAGCUCUACGGGAGAUGCAAAGUCAGAUAGGAGUGUUAGCGGCCAGUUUCGAGGAUGCCCAAAAUCAAAUACGAGCCCUUCACAACCAGUUGGCGUUCAUGCGGAACGAGCAGCUCAAAGUGCGUGCUUAAAACAU